GACAAACAAUCAGGGAACAGACGACAAUCAAAGGGCAGAUGUGAGGCAAAAUGUGCAAGCAUUUCAAUUCUAAUUAAUGUGCAAGGGUGGGAGUCAUACAUGGCUAACUUACAGUAGUGUACGUGUCAUGCAUUACACAAAAAGAAGUACUGGAUAGAGUGCUAGCCUAGAGCAAAUGGUAAAGAUAGUGCUGGUAACUAUUGCUAAUCAACUGGAAUCCACUGCACUACACUAAAAGAUGCUUACCAGCUGUGAAGAAUACAAAGACAUCUUUCUAGAGGACUUGGAGCCAUAUCAAAUCUUGGCUCUCACUGCUCCACAGAACUUCACAGUGUGGACUGAAAGAGACUUAGCAUGGAACGUUAUCUUCUAUGUGUACAGCGCAGCAAUGGCUGUAGCUUUCCUGGGUCUGGGAGUUGUGUCAACAUUGCUGCUCUUCAAGAAAGACUGUGUCAGACUACAAAGUAAAAUAUUUGUUACUGUAUAUACAUGCAUCGCUAUUCUCAGUUUCAGUCGUGCAUUAUGGUUGGCAUUAGAUCCAUUUGGACUAGUUGGAUUUAUCGCCACAUCGUUUCCGGGCUGGUUCAUCAUAUCGAUAAGUAUCGAGGCUCUUGGAUUCCCGAGCCUGAAUGCAAGCUACACACUGAUGAUUGUCGCCCUGUUAAAAAUCAACACAAAACCAGGAGAGCCGUGGCAUCACCAGUGGAAAAUCAUAUUUCCUGUAGUGUUUGUCAUUUACAUGAUUGUGAUUGUUGCCGAGGUUAUUGCCUUGACUGUACCGUAUCAAGGUGUAAUUUCAAUUCUGAUUUGCGAAUGUCUUUUUGCGGUUGGAGGUAUAGUAGCUUGUGUGUUGUUCUUGUUUGCCGGAAAUCGACUGCUACGAAAACUCAAUCGAUCAGAGACAAAGUCCAUGCGUAUUUCAGAUGCGUCUGCACCACCUUUGGAACAUGCCUCCACAGAACGUAAACGUACUUUUGCUAACAAAGAGUUGCAGCGACGUCAAGCAAAAACUAAACGAACCAAGAUUAAAAUUGUGACGAUCACAUACGCUACGGUUGUAUUUUCGAUCCUAUACUCUCUGAUAACAGCCGGAAGAGCAGUUCUAACCGCAUAUCUGUUAUUUGGCUCGUGCUUGGGAUAUCAGGGACAGCAAGGUCCUUCUUCAGCUUGGUUGGUGCUGGAAAUCAGCCAGAGGGUGACUGAGGUGGUGCUAGCGUUGAUUCUACUCUACUCCAUUACUGACAUUACAGUUGUAAAGACAAUCAUCUGUUUACGACGUCAGCAAACUAUAGACCCUUAGUGUAUAGAUUUACGUACGUGUAUAUGUACAAUUAUUUACUACGCCUUUUACAGGAAAAUUAUUAACACAGUGUCAUUGUACACAUUUGGUACUCGUGAGAUUACUGCUGUAACCCUUAGUAACUCCGUCGAGCUGACGAGAUUAGGGAGGCACACAUUAUGCGGGAAUUUCUUUG